GCCUAUAUGCGAGUAACAUUCCAAAAACGCUCACGGUGCCGGUGCACAACUCAUAAGCAAAUUGAAUUCCUUUAGAACCUCUGGAAUCUGGAACCUCUCAUAUGUCAUACGGAAAGCUCGAAUUGCAGAAGCUCGUUCCAGGUUCUUGUUUUUUCCUUAGAUGAAUCUACUUGUUUUGUUGCGGAUUUUGGUGUGGAAUUGCGAUUUUUGAGAUCUACUUCAUGUGAUUAUUCAUGCGAUUGGUUUUAUGGAAAUCUCAAGUGAGAAGCGUGCAGUUAAGAGAAUACACUAACUGCUAAUUUUAUUUCGUUCCUAUCCUGCAAUGGCACUGGCUUCACUUGCUCCAGGAUACUUCAUUGAACCAAAUUCACAUUCCUCCAUUUUCAAUUUCUCUAAACCUUGUUCAUCUCCCUACUAUUGGGAUUACAAGUUCAGCUGCCGCAAGUGCAGAAUUGGCGUCACUGCAACUGCAACUCCUCCUGGCUCUCGCAAUGAACAAAAAGUCUCUUCCCUUGUUGCUGUGGCUAGAAAGAAAUGGCAGAGGAGAUUUAGUUGUAACUCCUUGUUUGAUUCCCUCAAUUUAACUUGUAGAAGUGAAGGGGAUAGUAGUGACAAAAGAGUAGAAUUGAUCAAUCGAAGGCAAGUCCUGUCAUCAUUGGUUGGAUCAGUUGCUGUAUGUCUUCCGAAUGCGGUUUCCUUCCUGGUUGCUCCUCCAGCUGAUGCAGCGGCUUCUUCGCGCUCUGAGUUUGCAGACAUGCCGGCGCUUAGGGGAAAAGACUAUGGCAAGACCAGGAUGCGAUAUCCUGACUAUACCGAAACUGAAACUGGUCUCCAGUUUAAGGACUUGAGAACAGGAGCUGGUCCAACGCCUAAGAUCGGGGAGACUGUCGUGGUGGAUUGGGAUGGCUACACUAUUGGAUACUAUGGACGGAUAUUUGAAGCUCGUAAUAAGACAAAGGGUGGCUCCUUUGAGGGAGAUGACAAGGACUUCUUCAAAUUCAAAAUAGGAUCCCAAGAGGUCAUUCCUGCAUUUGAGGAGGCUGUCUCAGGCAUGACUUUGGGUGGAAUAAGAAGGAUUAUAGUGCCCCCAGAAUUGGGAUACCCUGAUAACGACUACAACAAGAAAGGCCCUAGGCCAACAACAUUCUCGGGGCAAAGGGCAUUGGAUUUUGUGCUGAGGAACCAAGGACUCAUAGACAAAACUCUGCUAUUUGAUAUUGAGCUCAUGAAAAUUAUACCAAACUGAAAUUUGCUGCUCCAUAGAGUAUUGUAAACUCUGUUGGUCAGGCUGACAGAGGUUUUUCACUUUCCUGCUGAUGAGGGGAACCAGCUUGUCAGAAGGGAAAAGAGAGUGUUACUCCUUGUAGCUUGAAAAUUUUGUUGUUCUGUCCAUUUUAUAUUUACUUUCUGUACAUGAUAAGAACAAAUUUAUAUGAUCUGACUUACAAAUUUA